AUGACGUCGCGGUUCAAACAAUUCGGGUUCUCGUCGAAGCGCAAGAACAGCAACAAUCCGCCUCCCCCGCAAACGACUCCGCCUGUCAAUACCUACGUUCCCCCGCCUGCCUCCACCAGUCCCCCGCCGCCCUCAACAGCCUCGACCACGAGUCUCCCCAUGAAUGCCCAAAACCCUUCAGGUCGACCUCCCAGUUAUACAUAUGCCGGCAGGACGAGCCCUAUGCCCCCUCCGCCUCUCAACACUGCCGUCCAACCCAGUCAGUACGCACAACAACCAGCCGUCGCAAACCCUCCGGGAUAUGGCUAUCAACAACCUCCGCCGCCAUCGCAGCAACCGCAACCCACACAGCCAAUUCAUCAGCAUGGUACUCCAUCUGCACUAGGUCACGCGCAGGGUCUUCGAAACCCGGCCGCCGAAGUGGAUGGUACAAACAGAAAUAAAUCGCAGUUGAUUGUGGGUAUUGACUUUGGAACCACAUUCUCUGGCGUCGCCUACGCCUUUGCGACCAACAAUGAAGCGCGCGAAGAUAUCAUCACCGAAUGGCCUGGUGCCGGUACGCACACCAAACAAAAGAUCCCGACGGUCCUCUACUACGACCAAUACCAGAAAGUGGUGGGAUGGGGUCCUGAUAUCGCAGACGCCCUGGCUCAUACCGGUUACCCAAAACAAGGAGUGCAGAAGGUGGAAUGGUUCAAGUUGCAAUUGAUGCUGUCGGGAAAUACUUAUAUCGAUCCUAUCAACCUGCCGCCGUUGCCUCCAGGUAAAUCAGAGAUUGAUGUCGCGGCCGAUUAUCUGUUCAAGGUCCGACAAGCAAUGCGCGCACAGCUCCAAAAGACUCUAGGUGAGGUUUUUAACCGCGAAGAGCGCAAUAUUCGCUACUUCUUGACUGUGCCUGCUAUUUGGAACGAAGCGGCCAAGGCAGCAACACGAGCGGCUGCCAUCCAAGCUGGUUUCUUGCGUGAUGAAAACGACAAUCGGUUGACGCUGAUCACGGAGCCUGAAGCCGCAGCCAUGUUUUGCGCCAAAACUGGUCUUCUCAACCUGAAGGUUGGAGACGCUAUUUUGAUCGUGGAUUGUGGUGGUGGUACCGUUGAUUUGAUCGCAUACGAAGUCGAAGAGGAGAAUCCAUUUACGGUAGCCGAAUGUACUGCUGGAUCUGGCGAUUCGUGUGGUUCUACGGCGCUAAAUCGCAACUUUAGCAACAUAUUACGAGCACGAAUCCGUAAAAUGAAUCUACCUGAUGGAUCGCGUACAGCCGGACGAGUCUAUGCCAAGUGUAUCAUGGACUUUGAAAACAGAAUCAAGGCAGAUUUCCGCAAUAACGGUCAGAAAUGGGCUGUUGAUGUCGGUAUUGAGGCAGAUUAUCCUGAUGCAGGUAUUGAAGAGGGAUAUAUGACUUUUACCAAUGAGGAGAUCUUGCAGUGUUUUGAGCCCGUCGUGAAUCGUAUCUUGGAGCUGGUGAGGAAUCAGAUUAUUGCUAUUCAAGCGCAGAACAGGCUGUUACAGAACGUCCUUGUUGUCGGCGGUUUUGGAGCAUCCGAGUAUCUCUUCCAACAAAUCAAAUUACAUGUCCCCCCACAAUUCCAAUCCAAGGUUGUGCGUCCAAUGGACUCUGUUGCUGCGAUUGUGAAAGGUGCUGUUACUGCUGGUAUUGCCGAGCGUGUGGUCACUCACCGCGUCGCCCGACGACACUACCUGAUGGCUACAUUACAGCCGUUCAAGGAGGGGUAUCAUCCCGAACAAUACCGCGUUCCUAGUCUGGACGGCAAGGAUCGAUGCAAAUAUACUCGACAGAUUUUUGUACAAAAGGGCGAACGGGUCAAGAUUGGGGAACCCGUCAAAGUCAGCUUUUUCCGUCAGGUCGCUCCUGGAGCGACUUUGAUGUAUGAAGAUAUUCUAUAUGCUUGCGAUGAGGAUGUUUGUCCAGAAUACGUCAAGGAUCCUCGAAUCAAAGAAGUCGUCACACUAACCUCAGAUCUCUCUCGCAAAAACCUCGAGAAAGAUUUCGAGCGCAUGGAUACACCAAACGGUACAUUCUACCGAGUAUAUUUUGAUAUCUACCUGACUCUUGACGGAUCCGAGUUUAAUGCCGAAUUGGUCUGUCAAGGUGAAGUCAUGGGUCGCUGCACAGCUCGAUUUAAGUAA